AUGAGCGACGCAGAAGAUGACGCAUCAGCCUUAAGGAAGGGUGCUAAAUUGCGUCGUGGCCACAAAAAGGUGAAAACGGGAUGCACUGAUUGCAGGAGGCGUCGUGUAAAGUGCACUGAGGAAAAGCCUAAAUGUCGUGCUUGUCAGCGACGUGGAGCUGAAUGCGAAUACCCAUUUUCCCAAGCAGGAUCCCUCUCUGUAGACCACCCUUCACAUUCACCAGCCUCGCAUGCCAGCUUUGGACCCUCGCCUCGGCCUCGACAUUUUUCUCCACUUCCUGGUCUCGCAGCUAUCCUAAGAGAGCAACCAUCAGAUCAAGCGACUACCGAAUUUGGAAUCAGAGACAUGGCACUUCUCCAUCAUUGGACCAUCUCCACCUGCCAUGAUAUAUACAAGAACUCAGCCUUGUCGCUUACGUUUCAACACACAUUUCCACAAAUUGCCUUCAAACAUCCGUUUGUGAUGCGGCUUCUGCUCGGUCUUUCUGCUCUCCACCUCGCAUACCUCCAGCCAAACGAGAGAUUGAGACAUGUAGGAGAAGCUUCCCGUUAUCACAACCAAAGCUUGAAGGGUUUUAACGAAACAAUAAAGCUACCUCCGGAAGAAGUCUCUGAUGCAUUAUUCGCAUGGUCAUCACUCAAUGCGCUCUAUGUAUUCGGUAUUCAAGGUCGCCUGGGUCAUGACCUUUGGGAUGAUUCAGAACGGAUAAGCCGUAAAGAUCGUAUACUGGGCUUGAGCUGGGUUCCAAUGCUCCGCGGUGUUCAGACUAUGAUCGAUCCGUGUUUUUACGAAUUGAGAGAUGGUCCCUUGAGGGAUCUCUUGACGAUUGGUAACUUUGACGAGCUGGACCUCAACCAGCACUCGCACCCUGCUGAUCAGCAUUUCUGUCGCACGAGAGAAGUAUGGAAGAGCAACCCCGAUGAGCAAACGUACGAGGACACAUUACAAGUCCUCAGAAGGUGCCACAUGUUCAUGGAACAAUUCUCGUCAAUGGAAAUCGAGUCACCAGGCGAGUCAAUCUUUAACAGAUCAUGGCAAGGUGCCUUCUUACUUGUGCCAUUUGCCCCCGAGGCGUACUUUACAUUGUUGCAACAGCGACAGCCACCAGCCCUGAUAUUGUAUGCGUUUUACGGAGCACUUUUGCAUCGAUUUAUGCACGAUACCUGGUUUAUGGAAGGAUGGGGUCAAGAUAUAGUGGAGGUAGUAACGGAUUUACUGGGUUCAUAUUGGAGGGAAUGGAUUGCUUGGCCUCUUCAAGUUGUCGGUACAACAUCAUAA